AUGAGUGGUCAAGGUCCAGCUGGAGAUAAAGGCAUGAGCACACCACUAGUCUGCCAGGAGAGUUACGCCUGCGGGGGCUCGGUGGAAGCCUCCUUUGAAUGUGACGAGUGCAGUAGCCUUCAGUGCGCUCGUUGCGAAAUGGAGCUCCACCGACAGGAGCGCAUGAGGAACCACGAUCGGGUUCGCAUCGCCCCGGGUCACGUCCCCUUCUGCGAUUCGUGCAAAGGGGAUGGCGCUGGGUCAGUUUUGGCCGGGCGACUGCGAGCGGCCGUACGCUGCCAGGGAUGCAAGAUCAACCUGUGCUUGGACUGCCAGAAACGCACCCACAGCGGCGGGAACAAAAGAAAGCACCCCCUCACUCCAUACCCCCAGGCCAAAGGUCCCGAGGCGAACAGCGUGAGUGCGGGGGAAUCCGAGCUGGACAUCCUGAAAGACCAGCUGGACAGGGUGUGCAGCUUUCUGUUGGUGGACGAGAAGGAGGAGAUGCAGGUGAAGGACGAGGAGGAGUUUGUGAACAGAUUGGGAUGUGAAACCGACGAGCUCCUCAAGGUGGUCUCUAUCUUUGGGAACACCGGCGAGGGGAAGUCUCACACGCUGAACCACACGUUCUUUCUGGGAAGAGAAGUGUUCAAAACAUCGCCGACGCAGGAGUCCUGCACAGUGGGUGUUUGGGCUGCCAUGGACCCGCUGCACCGUGUGGUUGUCAUUGACACGGAAGGACUGCUCGGAGCUGGGUCCAGCCAGGGUCAGCGAACUCGCCUUCUCCUCAAAGUCUUGGCCAUCUCAGAUAUCGUCAUCUACCGGACACACGCAGAUCGUCUCCACGAUGACCUCUUCAAGUUCCUGGGCGAUGCCUCCGAAGCCUACUUAAAGCACUUUGCCAGGGAGUUGAAAGCGACCACCACUCGUUGCGGCCUGGACGUCCCGCUAUCCACGCUGGGGCCCGCAGUUAUCAUCUUCCACGAGACUGUGCACACCAAGCUGUUAGGAUCAGACAAGCCAUCUGAGUCGGCAGACCGCCUCCUCCAGGAGCGCUUCAGAAAGCUGGGUCUAUUCCCCGAGGCCUUCAGUUCCAUUCAGUACCGUGGGACUCGUACCUACAACCCACCCACUGACUUUAGCGGCCUGCAGCGUAGCCUGGAGCAGCAGCUGGACAACAAUGCCACCCGCUCGCCACGCUCCGCGGGCGUCAUCUACAAGGCCCUGCAGGCUCUGAGCGAGCGUUUCAGUGGCGAUAUACCCGAUGAGCACAUGACCAGUAACUCCUUCUUCCCCGAUGAGUACUUCACCUGCUCCUGUAUCUGCCUAAGUUGCGGGUCAGGUUGUAAAAGAAGCAUGAAUCACCUCAAGGAGGGUGUGGAACACGAAGCCAAACAUAGAUGCCGCUACUCCGCUCAGAACGACAACCGCAUCUACACGUGCAAGGCUUGCUACGAAGGAGGCAAGGAGGUGAUCGUGGUUCCUAAGACGACAGCCUCGUCUGACUCGCCAUGGUUUGGCUUGGCCGUCUACGCCUGGUCUGGAUAUGUCAUUGAGUGUCCCAACUGUGGAGUGAUUUACCGUAGCAGGCAGUAUUGGUACGGAAACCAGGAUCCAGUGGAAACAGUGGUCAGAACAGAGAUCCAGCACAUCUGGCCAGGGUCUGAUGGCUUCCUGAAAGACAACCACAAUGCCGCUCAGAGGCUGCUGGACGGAGUCAAGUAUAUCUCCCAGUCAGUAUCGGAGCUCAGCGUCAAGCCGGCCAAAGCGGUCACCUCCUGGCUCACAGACCAGAUUGCGCCCACUUACUGGACACCCAACUCGCUCAUCCUGAAAUGCCACAAAUGUGCGGUGGACUUCCAAACCAACGACACCAAGCACCACUGCCGAGCCUGCGGCGAGGGCUUCUGCGAUGCUUGCUCCUCCAAAACCCGCCCGGUCCCAGAAAGAGGCUGGGGGCUGGCACCCGUCAGAGUGUGCGAUGCCUGCUUCCAGAACAGAGGAAUCCCUACUGGUCUUCUUGAUGCAGCCUUGGAAGAGGAAGGUGGUACCUUUAUAGCAAGAAAGGUCGGGGAGGCAGUUCAGAACACCUUCGGCGCUGUUGUUGGCGCCAUUGACAUACCGCUCGGUCUGGUGAAGGAUGCCGCACGUCCCGCUUACUGGGUCCCAGAUCAGGAUAUCCGUGCCUGCUGCGGCUGCCAGAGGGACUUCUCGGCCUCUCGCCUCUCCAUCCACCACUGCCGCGCCUGCGGUCAAGGCGUGUGCCAGGACUGCUCGCAGGAGCGGCGCGCCGUGCCCUCUCGGGGUUGGGAUCACCCGGUGAGGGUCUGCAGCGUUUGCAGCCAGAAGACCGGGGAACUCUAG